AGGAGAAGAAAGACAAGCCCAAAAACAAGACAGCACAACAGAUAGCGAAGAACAUGGAGCGUUGGGCUAAGAGUCUGAACAGACAGAAGGAGAACGUUCGCUCUCUCUCCUCUUCCUCCUCCGUGACCCCUGUGGCCUCUAUGGCUCUUUCCCCUGGUGACACCUGGGCUCCUGGACUCGGUCGCCAUGACGACCGCAGAGAGUCCGCCAGCGCAGACGCCGGAUAUGCUGUCCUGGAGAAGAAGGGGGCGUUGUCUGAAAGAGCUCAGAUCAUCCUGGACCAGCUCAGACACACAGACCACAGAGAGCGCUCCCCUCCUCAGGUGCAGGGUUUGGUGCCGGCCUACAAUGGAGAGACGGACAGCGAGGGAGAGGAAGGAGGAGAGAAGGAUGAGAGGAUGACAGACUGGGCUAAGCUAGCCUGUCUGCUGUGUAGGAGACAGUUCCCCAACAAGGAGGCUCUCAUACGACACCAGCAGCUCUCAGAGCUACACAAGGUGCUUAUAACACACCUAUGCAUGUAGUGAGGU